AACUUUAAUUGCUUGGCCCCAACUUUCAACUUUACUUUUCAAGAUUCAUUUCCCCGAGCUACUUGAGAGCCGUUCUGCUCCGCCGGCUCCACGCUGCCCCCGGGCCUCCGGCGGUGGUAAUUUCUUGAUGAGCUGCUUACUCACCCAAAUCAAUUCUUUCCCCUUCUCCACGUAUGUCCCCGUCUCCUUCCUCCUUCUCCUGCUGCCGUUGUCUCCAACAGUCAUCCUGUCCGGUGAAGCUGUGAGACAUGUCCUCGCGGCCUUUGUCGUAUGGAAAAACUCACUGGCAACACAACAGAACACAACGGGACAUGGGGAAAAUAAUGAGACAAAGUGGCAGAGCAGUGUGGAGGCUUAACGGAGCUCGGGGGUGAAGUCAUUACAGUCGGCAUGUGAGAACAGGAGCCGGCUGCGUCUCCUGAGCUAAUUGAGCCGGGAUGAGUGACAGUAGACACAUGUAGGCACCGGGCUGGAGUGUGUUGUUCCCCCUCUUCCGUGCGGAUGACGGAGAACAAAGGGGCAGACUCUUUUCCUCAUCAGCCUAAUGGAGUGGGAACAAGCUGGUGGCUGAGCUGGAUGGGCAGCGACAGGCAGAAGGCCCUCAGGGAGUCAGAGGUAAGCCGGGCUGUGGUGAGCUCCUUGGCUCUUGAUUGGCAGAACGCAGGGCGAUAAAAGGCCCUGGUUUGUGGCGUCAGCUCCAUUAGCAGGUGGUUCAGGUGUGAGGGGGACGACCGGGUACUGUUCAUGUUAAACGCCCGCACCGCUGAAGACUUCACUGAGGAGCUGAUGCUGCAGAUCCACACGUUACAUCUGUGAGAAUAAAGCUGCUUUCAUCAGGUGUCCAUACAACACGUUGAAUCCUGCAGGGACAGAGAGAGUGACACCCGCAGAUAAGAUGACGCUGCAAAGGAAGAAGUGGAGGCCUGAGCUGCUGCUCUGGAUUCUGCUCUGGAUCCCUCUCCAGCCUCACUCCCUCCACACGGUGUCAGCCGUCAACCUCCGGCGCUUUGUCGGCUGCGCAGUGAGGGAGUUCACCUUCCUGGCCAAGAAACCAGGCUGCAGGGGCAUGCACAUCACCACAGACGCCUGCUGGGGGCGCUGCGAGACCUGGGAGAAGCCCGUCGUGGACCCCCCCUACAUCGAGUCCCAUCAGCGGGUGUGCACGUACAACGAGACGCGCCUGGUCACCGUGAAGCUGCCGAACUGUCAGUCCAACGUGGACCCGUCCUACACCUACCCUGUGGCCCUGAGGUGCCACUGUGGGGUGUGUGUGACCAGCACCACCGAGUGUAUCACCUUCGUCUGAACCAGCGACUCCUCCGUGUUAGCAGACGGGACAUGGACCAGACCAAAGACGGGAUGUUUAUAUAAAAGAUCAUUUAUUUUUAAUGACA